AUGGAUUAUUUUGUUUUAAAAAUAACUUAAUUAUAAGAUUGAAUGAAGUUGACCUUUUCAGUGUUUUUUCAUUAGUCGAUUUUUGUUUAUGGUUUACGUCAGCAAUAAACAUCUUUUUAUUGGUCGCUUCUGUUUUUGGCGGUAGAUUUACGUCAGCAAUAAACAUCUUUUUAUUGGUCGCUUCUGUUUUUGGCGGUAAAUAUUUUUGACCAUUUGUUUCCUGGGCCUUUUUGUCAUUCUGUAUUUCGUCGACUUAGAGAUCACAUGUUUUGAUAAUUAAAAAAUUUUUUGAUAUUUUAUACAGAAUUUGUUCAACUAAGUUGAGGAAUUUUAUUUAAUUUAUAGACUGGUAUAAUUAUCAGUCAGUUAAAAAAUUUUUUACUUACUAGAGAGGAUUUUGGAAACAUUUUACGUUUUGUGAUAAAACAAAACGUGUAAAUUAUUUUGCACGUGUGAACUUUUUCAAGGACAUAAGACAGUGUUAGAGAUUAUGUCAGAACCGGAUUUAUAGACUGGUAUUUUUAUCGGUCAGUUGAAAAAUAUUACUUAACCGGGAGGAUUUUGGAUACAUUUACGUUUUGUGAUAAAACAAACCGUGCACUUAAUUUUGCACGUGUGAACUUUUUCAAAGACAGUAGACAGUGUUAGAGGUUAUGUCUUCCAAUGAGAAAGGGGAACAUGUUCAAAAGAAGUCCUUGCCACAGAGAGGGAAAAGGAUCGACUAUAAAUUGCUCAACGAGGGUGUCGGAGAUGAGAUAGAAGAAUCCUUCUGGACACAAGGGCACGUAACUGAUCUCAAAUUAUUGGUUGGAGAUUCAGCGGAAGCGGAAGUAAUAACCAAACAUGAAGACGAAGGGAAUUCGGAUAUACAAGAUGCGGAGGGUGCAAUAGGCCCGGAUAUUCUUGAGAUGAAAAAGGAGUUACAAGCUCUGCAUGAAGAAGAAAGACAAUUGAAAGAACAGAUGUCCGAGGCAGAGAUGUUAAGGAGACAAAUUGCCCAGAAAAAAGAUGAUGUUCAGAAAUUAAGAGAACAUGUAAAUCAACCACCAUUGCGCAAGUGUACAAUAGUCUCCGACUCCAUAGCGAAAAAUGUUUCUUGAAUUUGGGAUACCAAAAUUACAGCUUUUCCAGGGAUUAAUAUUUCAAGAUUAAGUUAUAGAAUUUCUCAAGGGUCAGGUAGAUUUAAGAUCUUCAUUCAUUAUUUUACAUGUGGGCACCAAUGAUGUU